AGGUUCUGGGGGUUUGCAGUUUUGCGUUCUUUGUUUCGCCUUCCCAAUGACAUGCGACGAUGCCUGGGUUGUUUGGCCGCCUGGGCGUUGUUGCUGCCCUGGUGGUUGCUGCUUCAGAGCGGGGCAAAGGUCCCUCGUGAUAGUGGAUCGCUCUGCAACUUCAGCGCCUCUUUGCCGAUCCUGAAGGUGGAGCCGGAGAAGCCGCUGCAGCUCAAGGAGUAUCGGGCCUCUCUGGUGCAGGCCCAUCGCUUCGUGGCCAUGGAUGCUGAGACCGCUUUGGAAAUACGCCACCUGCAACACGCGCGGAUCAUGUACCCCGUGGUCACUCACAAGCGCAACUUUCAGACCAUCGUCAGCGCCGAUUUGAACAGCUCUUGGUAUCAGACUCCGAAUCAAUCCCAGUUGGCCCGGUGCGACUUUCAAGAGGACAAUGUUGCCGUCUUCCGGGGCAACUUUUUCCGCGUCUGGGAGUACGGCCACAUUUUGCAUGACCUUCUACCAGGGCUUGUGUGGCUUAGCGCGGCUCAACCCCAUGCCAAGCUCAUCAUCGAACGGACAAUCAAGCUGCCAGAGUUUCUUGAGUGGUUCGACAGCGAACUCUACGCCAGAGCUCUCUUCUUGCCCUCCAACCAGGUGCUGUGCGCGCGGCAGAUGUCCUUGCUGGUGCCGCGCUGGCGGAUUCGCCACCCGGAGCAGCUGCGCAGCGCCGAGGUCUUCCUGCACUUCCGGCGCCACCUGCGCCCCGCGCCCACAGCCGCAGCUGCGGCGCAAGCGGCGCUGUACGUGGCGCGGACGCCUGACACGGCGAAGCACGGGCGGUGGCUUGUGCCGGAAGAGGAGGAGCAGCUGCUGCAAAGUGCCCGCAGGAGUUUGGAGAAGACGGGGAAGAGGUUGUCCGUGUUCAUUGGGACCUCCUGGAUCGAGCAGUUCCAAGCCUUCAGCUCGGCAUCUCUGGUCUUUGGGGCGCACGGCACGGCCAUGGCCAACUUGCUGUGGAUGCCCAUCACCUGCCCCAAGGCCGCAGUCAUCGAGUUCGUCUGCUCCAAGGAAGCCAUGCAUGUGGUCGGGUGCACCUUUGAGCGUCGAAACGGGCUGAUCCGUUCGACCAGCUACUGGGGCAUGGAAGGCGGACUCGUGUGGUUGAGAUACUUUCAUGUACUGGUUCUGGACAGCUCCAGCAACUUCAGCAAGUAUAUGCGCGUGGACUUGCAUGGCUUUCAGCUGGCCCUGGAUGAAGCCCUGCGUUGAGUCAGAUGACGCGGAUCGCGUAGCAGGUCGCAACACGCUCUUCCCCUUCCCCCGACAUGGCCGUCGUCUGAGCGUGCGCGCUGCAACCUGAGCGUGAAGGCGACCGCCGUGGAGUUGGAGGACAUCCUUGCCGUUGCGAUGGCAAGGCUGCCGGUCUGCAUCCAGACGUG